AUGACUGAGCGCAAUCUUCUCUCUUCUUCCUGUUUAGCCGCCCUGCCUGAUAGCUGUGCCGCCGCCCCAGCCAUGUCUUUUGAUACAUCAUCAACCAUCGGUCAACGCUCAGAAUCCACCAUGAGGUGCGAGCAGCUUCAAAUAGGUGACCACGGAGAGACAGACGGACAGUAUUUGGCCACGUCCGCUGGUGUACUAAACGACGACUUUUCAGGACGAGAUUUCCAGACCAGCGGAGAACAAUAUCGACGUUGGCAUGCCAACUUCUCAUCAACCGAGCCGGCGAAAAGCGUCCGACCUACAUCACAGAACUCUUUCCACUGGAAGCUCCAAAAGAUUGACCGACCCAGCACCAAAGAUACGUUCACAGUCGAAGAGCUUAACUCCAAUAGUGGCGGUGCCCCUACUCCAGACUUAGUCCACCCUAUUCCGAGACAUAGCCCGUACGCUGUGACCAGCUACUUUACCUCCGAGAAGAUACCAGAGACAUCAACCUUCGGAAAAACGGAGAGCCCGCUGUCUGAAGACAAGAAGUGUCUGGUACGAGGAUCAAAUUGGACAAGUGACGACUUUGCCUUCUCAUGUCUGCUUCAAGAAAGACAAUCACCAGACGCCAGCUCGUUGACGACCCUGCCCGAUAAUUAUACACCAGUAACCACUGACGGCACAUAUACUGAUCAUUCAGUAUCGCCUUGGCCCUCAGUCAAGACCCAACUGUCUUGGGACACACAGACGGCCAAUGCCACUCACUGCAAAGAAGAAGUUGCGUGGAAUGAACCGCGAUUUUUCCCCGAUGUCGAGCAACAACAAACUCAUUUCGACCAAUUCCCUGUGACGACCGAUAACAUCCAUGGCUUUCCGAGCCUAGGCCACAGUGCCGAAACUUAUGUCCAACCCUCGUCACUGCUGGACCCUUACGGAUCAACUUGUCCUGGCUUGUACUUGAACGGCAGCACAAUCACACAACAAGAGCAAAGUCCUAUACCUUACUCGAGCAGCACCUUGGUAUUCCAGAACGGCCUUCGACCAGACGAGUCGACAGACUCAUUCUUUCCCUCUGGGUCUAUUUCCUACCAACCAAGUCAUGUUGGCCACAUGGCUACUUGGACUAACGAUGUCAAAAACGCCCUCCUUAUAGAAUACAAGCGCCAGGGACUGUCAUACAAGGACAUCAAAAGAAUUGCUGGUUUUAAGGAGGCCGAGUCAACUCUUCGUGGCAGGUUUCGGACUUUAACAAAAUCAAAAGAGCAGCGCGUUCGUAAACCUCAAUGGCAUGAAAAGGAUGUGAGACUUUUGUGCGAAGCUGUCAAUGUAUACUCCGAAGACGGUAGAAUCAGCCCUUAUUCAAGGCGCCCAGUUCCACCAACCAAAAUACCCUGGAAGAAAGUCGCUCAGUAUAUCUGGAAUAACGGAGGCUCUUACCAUUUCGGUAAUUCCACAUAUAAUAUGAACUCUCAAUGA